CAGUAGCACCUCCUCCCGAACCCGCCGGCGGAUCUGUGUCGCUGCUGCGCCUUCUCAUCCUCCGUCACCGCUGCCGCCAUGCCCGGAGGUCUCCUUCUCGGGGACGAGGCUCCCAAUUUCGAGGCCAAUACGACCGUCGGCCGCAUCCGCUUCCACGACUAUCUGGGAGACUCAUGGGGCAUUCUCUUCUCCCACCCUCGGGACUUUACCCCUGUGUGUACCACAGAGCUUGGCCGAGCUGCGAAGCUGGCACCAGAAUUUGCCAAGAGGAACGUUAAGCUGAUUGCCCUUUCGAUAGACAGUGUUGAAGACCAUCUUGCCUGGAGCAAGGAUAUCAAUGCUUACAACUGUGAGGAGCCCACAGAAAAGUUACCUUUUCCCAUCAUCGAUGACCGGAAUCGGGACCUCGCCAUCCUGUUGGGCAUGCUGGACCCAGCAGAGAAGGACGAGAAGGGCAUGCCUGUGACGGCACGUGUGGUGUUUGUUUUUGGCCCUGAUAAGAAACUGAAGCUGUCCCUCCUCUACCCCGCGACCACCGGCAGGAACUUUGACGAGAUUCUCAGAGUAGUUAUCUCUCUCCAGCUGACAGCAGAAAAGAGGGUCGCCACCCCGGUUGAUUGGAAGGUUGGAGAUAGUGUGAUGGUCCUCCCAACAAUCCCUGAAGAGGAAGCCAAGAAACUCUUCCCUAAAGGAGUCUUCACCAAAGAGCUCCCAUCUGGCAAGAAAUACCUGCGCUACACGCCCCAGCCGUAGGUCUCACCCUGCACAGUGAGCCAGCAGGUGCCAGCUGCCAGUCACGUGUCCCACAGCGAUUCCAUAGACACAUCCCACUAGGAUCAUAGCCACGGUCUCUAGGUUGCUGUACUACUGGCUUAUUAAAUGAAAAUGGCACUAAA